GAGCGCGGCGCCAUAUUUAAUACAUGCUAGCACUAGCAGCGUUCUCUCCCAAAGUUUAAGGUUGUCACGGAAAACCAAAACAAGCCCCAACAGUCAUCGAAAAUGAACGUCAUAGACCAUGUUCGGGAUAUGGCUGCGGCCGGCCUCCACUCCAAUGUCCGGAUAAUGAGCAGUUUGUUGCUGACGAUGAGUAAUAACAACCCGGAGCUGUUCACACCAGCCCAGAAGUACCAGUUGCUGGUUUACCAUGCUGAUGCCAUUUUUCAUGAUAAGGAAUAUCGUAAUGCUGCCUGUAAAUAUAGUAUGGCACUGCAGCAGAAGAAGGUGCUCAGCAAAACGUCGAAAGUUCGUUCUUCCACCGGCGGAGCGGCAUCAAACUUACAGGCACAGAGUUUGCCCUCAGAAAUAGAGGUGAAAUACAAGAUAGCUGAAUGCUACACCAUUCUGAAACUGGAUAAAGAUGCCAUUGCUGUGCUUGAUGGGAUUCCAUCCAGACAAAGGACUCCAAAGAUCAACAUGAUGCUGGCUAACCUGUACAGGAAAGCUGGUCAGGAGCGUUCUGCUGUGACGAGCUACAAAGAAGUGCUCAGACAGUGCCCCCUGGCCUUGGACGCAAUAAUUGGCCUUCUCUCUCUGUCUGUUAAAGGAGCAGAAGUGGCAUCCAUGACUAUGGAUGUGAUCCAGACCAUUCCCAACUUAGACUGGCUCUCUGUUUGGAUCAAAGCUUAUGCCUUCAUACAUGCAGGGGACAAUCAAAGAGCCAUCAACACUAUUUGCUCACUGGAGAAGAAAUCUCUUCUUCGAGACAACGUGGACCUUUUGGUGAGCCUGGCAGAUGUCUAUUUCAGGGCAGGUGACACUAAAAAUGCUAUUCUGAAAUUUGAACAAGCCCAGAUGUUGGACCCAUAUCUCAUCAAAGGAAUGGAUGUUUAUGGCUACCUGAUGGCCCGUGAAGGACACUUGGAGGAUGUGGAAGUCCUUGGAGGGCGAUUAUUUAAUAUAUCUGACCAGCAUGCUGAACCUUGGGUGAUCUCUGGUUGUCACAGCUUUUACAGCAAGCGAUACUCCAGGGCCCUCUACCUCGGGGCCAAGGCCAUCCAGCUGAACAGCAACAGUGUCCAGGCGCUGCUGCUGAAGGGGGCAGCCCUGAGGAACAUGGGUCGGGUUCAGGAAGCCAUCAUCCAUUUCAGAGAGGCCAUGCGAUUGGCCCCUUGUCGGCUCGACUGUUACGAAGGUCUGAUUGACUGUUACCUGGCAUCCAAUGGGAUUAGAGAAGCUAUGGGGAUGGCAAACAACAUCUAUAAGACUCUGGGGUCCAAUGCACAGACUCUCACCAUCCUCGCCACGGUGUGUCUGGAAGACCCUGUGACUCAAGAGAAAGCCAAAACCCUUCUGGACAAAGCCCUGGCCCAGCGACCUGACUACACCAAAGCUGUGGUCAAAAAGGCUGAACUGCUCAGUCGGGAACAGAAAUACGAAGAGGGGAUUGCUCUCCUGCGGAACGCCCUCGCCAAUCAAAGUGACUGUGUCCUGCACAGAAUGCUGGGAGACUUCUUGGUAGCUGUAAAUGAUUACCAAGAAGCAAUGGACCAGUACAGCAUAGCAUUAAGCCUGGACCCUAAUGAUCAGAAGUCUUUGGAAGGCAUGCAGAAGAUGGAGAAGGAGGAGAGCCCCACAGACGCCACGGUGGAGCUGGAUGGCGAUGACAUGGAGGGCAGCGGAGAGGACGGGGAUCUGGAGGGCAGCGACAGUGAAGCCGCUCAAUGGGCCGACCAGGAACAGUGGUUUGGUAUGCAGUGACCCAGGAUCACUGAGGAACGUUCAGUCAGUGCCACCCUCAGACACCAGAAGCCUUCGACCGUUGUGUUAACCAAGCAGGGACAGUUGGGCCCUGGACGCUCCACCACCCCUCUCUCCUCACGUCAGCCCAUAACGCCCACUGACCUUCGUAGUCUCGAGGCAGCGGGGAUGCGCCAUUGAAGGCUGAUAUUUGCACCUUUGGAUGAACUAAUAUUCAAAUUUGGUGCAGCUACAAGACAACUUGGGUGUUGCGGAUAAUCGUAGGAACCUGAAUGAAAGCUUUUCAAAUUGAUUCUACCAACUUUUCUCAGCUUCAUUGUGAGGUUACAUCAGGUUUAAUUGUAUACACAGCACCCCAGAAAGUGGACACUUAAUCCUAAAGGAAAACAUACACACACAUUUAAAUUCUAUUUUUAUUUUGGUGAGAAAAUGUAGAUGACAAUUUUUAGUUUUGUCCCCUUCCAAUAUAUAUAUAUAAAAAUCAAUGUUAAACUGAAGUCUGCACUGCAAAGAGAAAUGACACACAGAUGACACUUUAUUUUCCUACAUUUCGAGCAAUGUAGGCAAGUAAGAAGUAAGGUUUUGAAAAUUUGGACCUCAACUGUGGUAAAAGAAUAAUCUGAAUCGGAUCUAAAAGUCUAUAAUUACAUGUACAGGAUUCAAAGGUGUGUGUGUGAGUGUGUGAGAGACAGUUCAAAAAGCAAAUUUGUUACAACUCUGUCAAGAGUUCAGCCAACUCUUCACAAGGUUUCUUAAACUUGGUCAUGAGAGUUGUGUACAUACUUGCUGUGUGUUGUUCAUACUGUACAAAAACCUCAUUAAGUUGUAAAGUUCUACUUAAGAAUCCUAAAAAAUGUUUAUAGUUUUUUUUUUUUGUGUUUAUUUUUACAUAUUUGAACAUGUGUGUAAUAAAAUUGUAAAGGAUUCUCACAGGGCUUGCCUGUGGUCCAGAUUGUCUUGAAUAUAGAUGGAGGUUGGAUUUUCUUUUUCUCUUUUCUGAUUACAAUCUCAGCCCAAGCCUUUGACUGUCACAUACAGCAACACCAUCUCUGGUCCUGUCUGUCCUUGGACGCUUUUUGGAUGUAGAUAGUGUUUUAUUUAGUGAAGCAGAAACUUGAUUUUUUUUGUCUCCAGCUUGCACUUCUGGGAAGUUAGAAUGGUUACAAUAUCACAAGACAAAGCAGCAAUGAUAUGAUUUUAUCUGGUAAUAACAUCUUUAGAUGUGCCAUUCUGCAACUGGAUGUUUUGCUGCUAGACGGUAUCAAAUGUUUUGAGUGUGUAUUCUUUUUACAUUAGAUGGCAGACAUCCAAAACAGUAAAAAUAAACAUCAAUGACAUCUAAAGAAGCUGAGGAAACUAUGUAUGACAGUUUUAUUUACCUGAAACAGUUCAUGUGUUACAUUUUACAAUCAUCUGAAAAUACAGUACAGCAGUUUGGCAAAAGAAAAAAAAGCCUGUGGAGGGAUCUCCUGUCGAUCUUAUUGUAAAAUAAACCUCACUGCACGUCCGCCUUCCCAGAUAUGUCAACUCUUCUCCAAAUAUAUAGCACAUUUCAGUGCAAAUGUUUUUUUUUUUCUUUUUUAAAUAUUCCAUUAAAGUAUUUCCUUAGGAAAAAUGA